AUGCCGAAAAGAAAAUCUGCAGCAUCCGUUUUCGUUUUACUUUUUAUACAGAUAUUUCCAUUGGAAGUUGUCAAAUUACCAGAAGUUUGUUGUGGGAAACUACAAAAUACUGAGGCUACUCUACUCGAUGAUGAUGGAAGUAUAGAUUUUGAUUCUCCAUUGCCACCACCGGUUAAUUCAAAAAGUCAUUCGAAAUCGUUGAAACCCGGUGGCGUAAAUAAUCAAGGUACGCGAAAAAAACCAUACAAUUUAAGCAAUAAUAAAAAACAUUACGACUACACUCACGGGCGAAGUUAUAUCAAUCCACACAAUGCGAGACAUCCAGAAUUACCCAAUUCGAAUUACGACAUAGAUGGAAAAGGAAAAUUUGGAAGACAUCACGGACACAAACAUCAUCUUUUACCAAACAUGUAUCAACCCAUGCCCGUCCCAAUGACCAUACCCAUAUCCCAUCAUCCGAAUAUAGAUUUUUAUCCCGGUAAUUCAUUUUACUCUCCCAUACCAUAUCCAAAUUACAACGUCGGAUCGGGUAGUGGUUUUGGUUAUCCCGGAGAAGAUUUUACAAGGAAAUCAACAUCUACAAAUAAUUUAAAUCCGAGUUACAGAUCCGGAUUAGUAAGGGGUACCGGAUAUUUAAACGGACAAAUAAAUUUUCCGUCGCCGGAUAUUUCUAGAAAUUCAGAAAUCAUAUCGAGAGAAGGUUUUAGCGAAAUGAGACAAGAGGAAAUGUCCGAAAGACUGUUAAAAUUAAAAGAAGAAGAUGAUGAAGAAGAAAUUGUCGCUGGAAAAUUUAGUCCCUGCGGGGGCGAAUGCGAACAAGAUGAAUUUCUAUGCGUGGGAUCUUGCACGUGCAUACCGAACACUUUUCGUUGCGAUGGCGAUGCAGAUUGCACAGGAGAACAAGACGAAUUAGAAUGUGGAGAAACUGAGUUGGACAUUUUUCAAAGCUGUCUGGAAACUGAUAAUUACGUUCGGUGUCCGAGAUCUGGAAAAUGUAUUAAAAAAACGUGGUUGUGUGACGGUGACGACGAUUGCGGGGAUUUCAGCGAUGAAACGCAUUGCGAUGGACGAAAUUGCACCGAGGGAGAAUUCGAAUGUAAUAAUGGAUUUUGCAUACAGAAAUCAUGGCUUUGUGAUGGUGACAACGAUUGUAAAGAUUAUUCUGACGAAACCAAUUGCACGAAAAAAAACGCUUGUUCCAUAAAUGAAUUUCAUUGUACUGAUGGUAAUUGCGUGUCAUUAUCAUGGAAAUGCGAUCUCGAACCUGAUUGUUCCGAUGGAUCAGAUGAAGCAGAUUGCGCUCAAGAACCCCACGUUUGUAAUGAAAAUGAAUUUGAAUGUGCGUAUCCGAGAUGUGUAAAAAAAAAUUUUAAAUGUGAUGGCGAUAACGAUUGCGGCGAUUGGUCCGAUGAACAAAAUUGUCCCAAUACGGAAUCCAGUUGCGGAACUUCAGAAUUUAAAUGUAAUGGCGGACGUUGCAUUCCAGAAUUGUGGAAAUGCGAUGAGGAAACGGAUUGCGAAAAUGGCGAAGAUGAAAUGGGCUGUACUGAAAAAUUACCCAAAACCUGCGGUCCGGAUGAAUUUUCUUGCAACAAUGGAAAUUGCAUUUUGAAAACCUGGCUUUGCGAUAAUGUUCAGGAUUGUUCCAAAGGCGAAGACGAAGAAAAUUGCGAACAAACUUGUCACGAAACUCAAUUUAAUUGCGCUGCUCAUCAAAAAAACGAUUCGUCCGCCAUUCUCAUUCGGAAAUCGCCCAAGCCUUUGAUAAAUUGCAUCGGUCGAAAACAUGUUUGCGAUGGGAAAAAAGACUGUCCGAAAGGAGAAGAUGAACGUAACUGUCCGAAAAAAAAGAAAUGUGAUGAUGAUUCGAAAUGUCAACAGUUGUGCGUGGUACUAUCCAACGGGAGAGAUGCUUGCAGUUGUGAAGCAGGAUUUAUUUUGUCAAGUGAUAACCACACUUGCGAUGAUAUCGAUGAAUGCAAAUUUGAGUACGAUCCCGUUUGCAGUCAGAUUUGCAAUAACACGAUUGGAUCAUUUACGUGCCUUUGUAGAAAAGGUUACGUAUUGAGACCUGAUGGACGAACUUGUAAAGCCAUCGGUGACCCACCAACCUUAAUAUUUGCCAAUAGGAUCGAUAUAAGACAAGUAAGUCUUAACAAUUUAAGGUACACGGCAAUUUUAAAAGGUUUACAAAAUGCCAUAGCUAUCGAUUAUCAUUAUAAUAAAGGUUGGAUUUAUUGGUCGGAUGUAUCUAUGGACGUGAUUAAACGAGCAAAAGUUAACGGAACCGAAAAAUCAGAUGUUAUUAAAUGGGGAUUAGAAUCUCCAGGAGGUGUAGCUAUCGAUUGGAUUCACGACCUCCUAUACUGGACGGAUUCUGGUACUCGCAGGGUAGAAGUUGCUACUUUAGACGGUAAACACAGAUCCGUAAUUGCUUCCAACGAUUUGGAUAAACCCAGAGCGAUAGUUGUUCAUCCAGGUUUAGCUGUUGUAUUUUGGACCGAUUGGGGACCGAAACCGAAAAUUGAAGUGUCCGAAAUGGACGGAAGUAAUAGGAAAAGCAUAAUAACCGAAGGAGUAUUUUGGCCCAAUGGUUUAGCUUUAGAUUAUGCCAUAGAUCGAUUGUAUUGGACGGAUGCUAAACAUCAUGCAAUUGAAAGUGCCAAAUUUGACGGAAGCGAAAGAAGAAAGAUUGUAACCAAAGGAUUACCUCAUCCGUUUGCUAUAACUUUGUUUGAGGAAGCCAUCUAUUGGACGGAUUGGCACACAAAAAGCAUAGCAAGUGCUAAUAAAGACACUGGAAUGGGUUAUAAAAUAGUACACACGGGCUUACAUUUUCCCAUGGAUAUACACAGUUUUCACUCUCAACGUCAGCCAUCUUUUACCAAUCACUGCGGUAACAAUACCGGUGGGUGCUCUCACCUAUGCUUACCGACUAAAUCAUCCUACAGAUGCGCUUGUCCACUUGGUUUACACCUUCAUAAAGACAAAAAAAGCUGUACGGACACUCCUGAAAAACUAUUAAUUUUUGCAAGGAAUAAAGACAUUAGAUUACGCCAAUUGGGACAGGGAAAAGAAGUCGGGAUCAUUGAUAUGGUUAUACCUCUGGAUCAAGUUCGAUCGGCUGUCGCCCUUGCUUUCGAUUCUGAUAAAAAUACCAUUUAUUGGACCGACGUUGAAAGUCAUAGAAUAAGUAAAAGUUUUUUAAACGGUUCUAAUCAGGAAGUUGUCAUCAGUAGUAAUCUAGAAUCUCCUUCCGGUCUAGCGAUCGAUUGGGUAACCAAAAAGUUAUAUUGGGCGGAUGCAGGCACGAACAGGAUAGAGUUAUCUAAUUUAAAUGGAUCAAUGAGAGCUUUAUUGAUUUGGGACGGAUUAGACAAGCCAAGAGAUAUAGUCGUAGAACCUAUCGGUGGUUACAUGUAUUGGAGCGACUGGGGAAAAACACCGAAAAUCGAAAGAGCCGGAAUGAACGGAUCAAAUCGUAAAAUUCUUUUUUCAAAAGAUUUAAUAUGGCCGAAUGGAUUAGCCAUUGAUCAUGAGAAAAGUCGGAUUUAUUGGGUUGACGGCGGCACCAAAGCAAUCGAAUAUUCGAGAUUAGACGGUUCCGGAAGGACAACAUUAAGGAGUACCGAAGUACGUCAUCCGUUCGGAUUGACACUCUUCGGUAAGAAUAUAUACUGGACCGAUUGGGAAACGAAUAGCAUACACAUGGCUGAUAAAAAUACCGGGAAAAAUGGUGCGAUUUUAAGAGAUCGAAUAUCGGGUCUUAUGGACGUAAGAGUUUUCCAUCGGGAAUUUCAAAAAUUUCAUUCACCGUGUCUCAUUGAAAAUGGCGGUUGUUCUCAUCUUUGCUUAAUAGCUCCACCACCUGAAAAAUAUUCUUGCGCUUGUCCAAUCGGGAUAAAACUACUGAGAGAUGGUAAAACAUGCGCUCCCGGACCUACGAAUUCUUUAAUUUUUGCUCAUCGUAUCGAUAUUCGAGAAAUUUCGUUGGACGUACCUUAUUUAGUCGACACGGUCCUUCCUUUGCCUCCGAUGAAAAAUACAAAAGGAGUUGACGUGGAUAGAAAAACAGGUGAUAUUUACUGGACGGAUACGACUGAAGAUGUUAUUAUGCGAGCAUCUCGAGACGGCUAUAAUGUUGAUAGGAUCAUAAUUGAUGGUUUAGAUACAGCAGACGGAAUCGUCGUAGAUUCAACGGGACGGAAGAUAUACUGGACUGAUGCGGGUAGAAACAGCAUAGAAAUUUGUGAAUUAGAUGGAACGAAUAGAAAAGUAUUGAUUUGGUCCGAUUUGGAAAAUCCUAGAGCUAUCACCUUACACUAUCAUCACGGUCUCAUGUUUUGGUCCGAUUGGGGUAAAAAAGCAAGAAUAGAACAAGCAGAUAUGGAUGGUAAAAACAGAAAAGUUCUCAUAGCUGACGAUUUGGAUUGGCCAAAUGGGUUGGCUAUAGAUCGACCGGGAGGAAGACUUUACUGGAACGAUGGAAAAAGAAAAACGAUCGAAAGUUCUGAUCUCGAAGGCCGAGGAAGGAAAAUAAUUGUCCGAGAAGUACCUCAUCCGUACGGCUUGGUUAUUGUGGGUACGCACAUGUAUUGGACGGAUUGGAAAACGCAAUCCGUUCAUAGAGCGGAUAAAAGAAACGGAAGCGAUAGUCAAGUUAUCAGAAAAGGUUUGGAGGGUCUGAUGGACAUUCGGUCGGUCCAGGCGGAAAACAUAGCAGAAAACGCAUGCGGAAGCGACAAUGGCGGUUGUUCACAUUUGUGUUUGCGAAAACCGGAAGGGUUCGCGUGCGCUUGUCCAACCGGAAUAGUUCUCCAGGAGGAUUCCAAAACGUGUAAUCACUUACCAUCGACCUUCCUCUUAUUCGCGACGAGGAGUAAAUUGGUACGCGUUUCUCUGGACACGGAAGAACUUUGGGAUGUGACACUCCCCAUAUUAGACAUACAAAAUUCCAUAUCCGUCGACUUUCAUUGGAACAAGCAAAUAAUUUUUUACUCGGAUGUCAAUUUGGACGUCAUAAGGGGGGUGAACAUGAAAAACCUGUCGGAAAAUAAAAUAAUAAUAAAAGAAAAUUUAACGACGCCGGAUGGUAUCGCCGUUGAUUGGCUAUCGGAAAAUUUAUAUUGGACGGACACGGGUAGAAAAGUAUUGGAAGUAUCGAAAAUAGAUGGAAAGUGUCGCAAGGUCAUUUUUAACAAAGGAUUAGACGAACCAAGAGCCAUAACUGUGUUUCCCGGAAGAGGGUAUUUAUAUUGGACGGAUUGGGGGGAUUCCCCGAGGAUCGAAAGAUCAUUCAUGGACGGAUCUCAAAGGCGAGUCAUCAUAGGAGCGGAUUUAGGAUUUCCAAAUGGACUCGCAGUCGAUUACACAGCAUUGAAAUUAUAUUGGGCAGAUGCUUUAAAGGACAGAAUUGAAUUUAGCGAUUUGCACGGUAGAAACAGAGUGCAAUUGGUACCCGCUGCAACUCAUCCGUUCGGUUUAACAAUUUUUGAAGAACACAUUUACUGGACGGAUUGGUAUUCGAAAUCGGUCGAAAGAGCCGACAAGACAACAGGAAGAGAUCGUAUGCCGAUCCGAUCGGAAUUGGAAAGUGUAAUGGAAAUAAAAGCAGUUUCGAGCAAGAGACAGUUGGGGUGGUCUCCUUGCCAGGAAAACAAUGGAUUUUGCUCACAUUUGUGCCUAUUCCGGCGAAAGGAUUAUAUUUGCGCUUGUCCAGACGUACCUGACGAUCGACCUUGCGAAAAAGAGCCCAAAGAAAAAAUUACGAUACCUAAAAGUGAUGAUGAUGAUGAUGAUUUAAUAAUACACGGAGUCGAUGGCGGAACUAAAAGCGAACUGGAUAAAAUCCACGGAGAUCCAAACAUAGACGCCACGAACGAUUCCAUGACGAAAGAUUCAGUUUCCAAACAGCUUUUAUUAAUAUGCGUCAUAACCAUACUUUGCGUCCUUAUAAUACUCUCAUUAACGUUUUCCCUCGUUGUUUUAUUUCGUCGGAAACGUAAAAAACAGAAAAAGUACAUGUUUUCCGAUUCUAAAAACGUACUGACGUUCAGCAAUCCUAAUUACACGUCAUCAAACGUCGAACCGGGAGCGACGACGACGACGACGACGACGACAACGACAACGACGACAACAACAAACGAUAAGAAACCUUUUUUGUGGAAAAGGUUAAAAUACGACAAAUCCCAGGAAAGAGUGUUUGACGUCCAGGAAGAAAAAGGAGAAAGGACUUGUUAUCCAGAUGAUAAGGCAUCAUCCUCUUCUCCAGAAAAACUCGAUUCCGUCAAUCCGAUUCAUCGUUAG